AUGGCACGGAUAGCUCACCACCCCAUUCCCGAGCACAAGCUCCCUAUAACCUUCGCCCGUAGAUGGGGUACUAGCCUGGGUCUCUGGGGAGCUGGUGCUGGCAUUAUGGCGCUCUACGUGCUGUCGGCGACACCGCUCGUGAAGCGGGAAGUCCUUGCCAAGGUCCCAGUGGUGGGCGCAUACUGGCAGGACAAGAUCCCUGCGUCCGACAAGCCAUUCUAG